AAGAUCAAAGACAGGUUUAUGCCCCCAAAACCAAUAUAUAUCUCUCUCUCUCUCCCAUCUGAUCAUCACUCCUUUAAAUUCACCAUCAAAGAAAUUCCAAUUUUCUCGGAUUUUUUUUUUUUUUUUUUUAAAUUUUUCUUACAAAUCCCUAAAACCCUACUAGUCCCUUCCUCUCCUACUAACUCAAGAAGCUCCUCUGUUUCUGCUUGUGGUUGAUAUCAUUUCAGAGAAAGUGCUUUUGAUGACUCUGCCAACUACAACAACAGCAGCAGCAGCUACUGCAGACAAAGCUUAAACGAAGCUGUAUCUACUGACUUUUGAUGGUGAAAUAUCAAAAACCCUAAAUUAAUUUACACUUUUUUUUUUUUUUUUUUAAUUUUUUUUUUGGGGUCCUCUGAGGGUUUUCAUCAUCAAUGCUUACAACAAAGUACAGUGUGUAAAACCAAAACCCAAAAAAAAAGACUGGGUCAGUUUUUUUUGCUUUCUCCUUUCUUCUUUAAAUCCCCAAAGCCAACCCAAAAAAAAAAAAACCCUACAUUUUGGAAAAGGUUAGUGAUGAGAUUGUUGGUGAGGAGAUGUUUCGGAAGCUCGGAGAUGAUGAUGGGAUGAUUGGAGAUCUAAUGAAGAGUAAUAACAACAACAAUGGCGACGUGGUUGAUAACAACAACGGAAACAACCGGUUAAGCCGGUGGCAUCACAAUUCAUCCCGGAUAAUUAGGGUUUCUCGAGCUUCCGGCGGUAAAGAUCGGCACAGCAAAGUCUUAACCUCCAAAGGACCACGUGACCGGCGUGUCCGGUUAUCAGUCUCAACCGCUCUUCAAUUCUACGAUCUCCAAGAUCGGUUAGGUUACGAUCAGCCUAGCAAAGCUGUUGAGUGGUUAAUCAAAGCUGCUGAAGACUCAAUCUCCGAGCUUCCUUCACUCAACAACACUAAUUUCCCGACAGAUGACGACGAGAACCAGAAUCAUCAGAACCGGACAUUAACUACAACAACAACGGCUGCUGCGAAUUCGUUGUCUAAAUCGGCAUGUAGUAGCAAUUCAGACACGAGCAAGAACUCUUCUGGUUUGUCUUUAUUGAGAUCGGAGCUAAGGGAUAAAGCUAGAGAGAGAGCGAGAGAGAGAACAGCUAAAGAGACGAAAGAGAGAUCAUCAGAUCAUCAUCAUCAUCAAAGCCACACUACUACGUUUACAGAUUUGUUAAAUUCCAGUUCAGAUCCGGUUAACUCAAACCGGCAAUGGAUGGCUCAAGCCCCUUCUGCUUCGUCUCCCAUGGAGUAUUUUACUUCGGGUUUGAUUCUCGGGUCGGGUCAACAAACCCAUUUCCCGAUUUCGACAAAUUCUCAUCCUUUCUCGUCAAUCUCCGAUCAUCACCACCACCAUCAACAUCAUCAUCCGCAUCAAGAGUUUUCGUUCGUUCCCGACCAUUUGAUAUCUCCGGCAGGAUCCAACGGCGGAGCAUUCAAUCUUGAUUUCAACAUGUCGACACCCUCCGGAGCCGGAGCUGCCGUAUCCGCCAGUUCAGGUGGUGGGUUCAGUGGUUUCAACAGGGGGACCCUUCAGUCCAAUUCAACAACAAGUAAUCAGCAUCAGUCGUUUCUGGCUAAUCUACAGAGGUUUCCAACAUCAUCAGAAGGUGGUGGAGGAGGUCCACAGUUCUUGUUCGGUGCACUGCCUGCAGAGAAUCACCACCACAACCACAAUCACAAUCAGAACAACAACCACCAGUUUCAGCUUUACUAUGAAAAUGGAUGCAGGAACUCAUCAGACCAUAAGGGUAAAGGCAAGAACUGAUGAUGAUUCUAUUUUUAUUUGCAUCUUUUGGUUUUUUUUUUCCAGAUCCUCAUUUUAAUUGUAUGCUUAUUUUUGGUUUAUUUAUCUUCUGAUUAUCAUCGUUAAUGUGUUUUUAAAUUUGUUUAGGGUUUUGUUUUAGUUUUGAGGGUCUUUGGAAUUCAUUUUCGCAUUUGGGUUUGUAAUGUUGUAUUUUGUGAUAAUAGCAUUUUGUUUGUGGUUUUGUAAUUCAAUUUUUAGUGUUGUUUUUU